AUGGACUUGGUGACGAGCUACCCGCAGUUACAGUUGGAUCACACUUCUAAUCAACUUCAAAAUCCAAAUGCAACUGCAGCAACAGGACAAACUAUUAGAAAUGUGUCUUGUUGUCCAUUGCAAGUGAAACAAUGGAAUAAGAUUACCGAUGAUAAGCUCGACCACAUGUGGUCUACCAUAUUAGAAAAGUUCACUUUUGAGUAUUCUGAUGCAAGAAAGGGAGCAAUUUUCGGUCAUAUGAAUGCAUUAUAUAGGUAUUAUAGGCAUAAGUUGAAGAAGAAGUACUUUGAUUCAAAGGCAACUUAUUCACUUCGUCUCCGAAACAAGCCUAAGGAUAUGGAUGUAAAAGAUUGGAAAUAUUUGAUUAAUCUUUGGACAGAAAAUACAUUUCAGGAGAGAAGAAACAAAAAUAAGACAAAUAGAUGCAAGCAUUCUAUGCCGCCAUACACGGGGACAAAAAGCUUUGCUCGGCUGAGAGAUCAUAUGAAGAAAAAAAAUGGAAAAACAUCUUCUCGCUUAGAGCUUUUUCUUGAAUCCAGAAAGAGAAAGCAAGGCAAAGAAAUUGAUCCAAUAUCACAAGAAGCCAUUGAAAAGUUUCAGCAACUAAAGAAACAACGAGAAGAAGAACAAAUUUCAUUGGAUGAUGAUGCUAUGUUUGCUGAUGUACUUGGGCCAGAAAAAAAUAGUUAUAUACGUGCUUAUGGUCCUAAAAAAAAUGUCACGGAAUAUUUUAGUGCUAGACCUACAAAGAUAGAACUACUUAGACAACUUGAUACUUCAAGAAGAGAAGCAAACGAGCGUGUCCAACAAAUUCAAAAAGAAGCAAGUGAACAAGUAAAUGAUGUUAAGAAGCAAAUGGAUGAGAAACUUGCAGAGAUGAAUAGAAUAUGGGAGCAGAAAUUCAAGAUGCUUUUGGAGAAAAACAAUAAUAUUGCAUCACCUAUGGAGGAUUCCCAAGAUGAUGAAAUUGGAGGAUGAUUUGCAGUAUACUUGAAGUUUUGGAUUUUGAAGCAGCCAGCAGCCA